GUAACCGACAGCACCAUCAUGACAUCGGAGUGGCUCUUGUAUAUGGUGUUUUACCUUCUUUCUGCUGUUUUCGUUGUAUUUCUUGCAUACUGUCUGUAUAUUCAUCAAGUUCACCAGAAAUAUGAUCAUAUACCUGGACCUCCUAGAGACAAUUUUCUGCUGGGACAUAUUCCAACUAUUAACAGAGUGACAAAGUCGGAAAGACAUAUGAACGACUUAUUACUUAUAUGGGCGGAAAAAUAUGGCCCUGUCUACAGGCUGAACAGUUUUCAUUAUGUCAUAAUCAAUGUCCAUUGCCCCGAGGCUACAAAGACAAUCAUGAUGUCACCAAAGUAUCUCAAAGAUCCCUUUAUCUACAAACGUCUCUUUGGCUUGUUUGGAAAAAGGUUCUUGGGGUAUGGCCUGGUGACAGCCACAGACCAUGACAUCUGGUACAGGCAGCGUCGAAUCAUGGAUCCAGCCUUCAGCAGCUCAUACUUGCGAGGCUUGAUAAGCACUUUUAAUGAGAUGUCAGAACGCCUGAUGGACAAGCUGGAGGAAAUGGCCAUCAACAAAACCCCUGCCGUCAUGCACGACCUGGUCAACUGUGUUACACUUGAUAUCAUUUGCAAGGUCGCUUUCGGUGUUGAUUUGAACUUGUUUAAGCAAACAGACAACCCUUUCCAGCAGGCAAUAGAGCAGUGUUUACAGGGUAUGGUGUUAGAUCUAAGAGACCCAUUUUGUAAGUUUUUUCCCAAGAAUUGGAAGGCUAUACAGGAAACUAAAGGUGCUACUGUACUCUUACGUAAAACGGGAGAGCAAUGGAUACAAAACAGAAAGACAGCAGUGGAAAUUGGAGAGGACGUCCCCAAUGACAUUCUCACACAAAUCCUCAAAACUGCAAAGGAGGAGAAAGUUAAUAACACUAAAGAUCAUGAGCAGAUGUUGGACAAUUUUGUGACUUUCUUCAUUGCUGGGCAAGAGACAACAGCCAAUCAGCUCUCGUUUGCAAUCAUGGAAUUAGGGAGACAUCCUGAGAUAUAUAAACGAGCUAAAGCAGAGGUGGAUGAAGUUCUUGGAACCAAAAGAGACAUUUCAUAUGAAGACCUUGGAAAAUUCACUUAUUUGUCUCAGGUGUUGAAGGAAACCCUGCGUCUGUACCCGACUGCGCCAGGAACCAAUCGCUGGCUUCAUGAGGACAUGGUCAUAAACGGCAUUAAAAUCCCUGGAGGCAUUUCUGUUAUUUUCAGCUCUUAUGUCGCCCAGAGACUGGAAAAGCAUUUCAAAGAUCCGUUGAAGUUUGAUCCAGAGAGGUUUAAUGUGAAUGCGCCAAAGCCUUACUACUGCUACUACCCAUUUUCACUUGGUCCAAGAUCCUGUCUGGGGCAGGUCUUCUCACAGGCCACGCCAGCAGAGGGAGCCCUCGCCCAACUACUGACUCAGCUCCUCACCCUCUGCAGUCACUUCCUUAUUGUGCUGUAUUUUAGCAAGAGCUCAGGCCAUGCUUCCUUGUGAAGUAUUGCCAGUCUACCUGCGUUACCAAGCGGUUUUCCUAGAGACUUUCAUGACUGCUUGCCUGUGUAUGACCCUGCUUGCCUUUAACAAGUACGUUAUCUGUCUUUGCCCUCUUGCUCUGUUUAGGACUGCUUAUUGUUGCCUUGAACUUUUGCCUGCCUGAUUUGCCCCUGUGUUUGUUGAUCUGUUUUGGACUGAUAGUUAUUAUAUUACCUCUGCCUGCACUCUCACUACGUUGUCUGGAUUUGCCGCUGUGUUUGUUGACUGGAUUGGACUGCUUAUUUGUUGCUGGCUUUCCAACUGUUUACUCACUGAUGUCUCUGUCUAAACCCCUUAAUAAAACUUCUGCAUUCUUA